GCGCCUCCACUGCGGAUGCUCUCUUGAGAGCUGCUGGGCACUGCUUUGAUAUUCGGGCUCUUUUGCGUCAGCACCGGAAAGAUCACACUGCCAAGCUUCUUGGGGAUGCUGAUGUCCCGAUGGUUGGGGGAAUGAUGUGCGGGUUGGACCUGCACAAAGCUUUCGAUGCUUUGCCGCACUCAGAGAUUCUUCUUUCACUGACGGAAGCGGGUGUUCCUUCUCCUCUUGCAGGUGUCAUUGCGCAAGCUCACAUGCAAACCAGAUGUGUGGUUCGUCAUGGGGGCGUGGAAAGGGAGGUGUGCAUGUCUCGGGGCUUGAGGCAGGGCUGUCCAAUUGCUCCAAUUGUGUAUGCUGCCUGGUCCUGUCGUCUUUGUCGGCUGGUCGAUCAACGGCUCGACAGGGAUUGGAUGGCCAAUCAUGGCACUCUUUUUGCCGAUGAUAUUUUCUCGUGCUGGGAGAUACGUACAGUUCAAGCCCUGAAAAGGGCGGUCCGUGACCUUCAUGCUCUCAUUGAGACACUGCAAUCACUAGGUAUGGAGGUGAACUGUCAGAAGUCCGUGGUGGUGUUGAAGUUGUGUGGCAAGGCGGUUGCUCAAGCUUGCAAGCAUCUAUUGGUGUGGCGGGAGGGAGUUCAGCUUCUUCGUCUUCGGGGGGAACACAACCAAAAUGACAUUUACAUCCCAUGCCAGAGCUCGAUGCCAUAUCUUGGCGCUGCACUGUCGUAUGACAACUUUGAGCUGCAGACCUUCAAAACACGAGCUGCCCAAGCAAAGUCGCGUUUUCAGGAGCUUCGGCGGGUCCUGUGCACGGAUGGGGCGAUUACCUGCAGACAUCGGCUUCGUCUGUACAAGGCCAUUAUUUGGCCUACUCUGUGGUACUCGCUGGCCAGUGUAGGGGUGACGAUUGAUGUUCUCAAAGGUGUCUGUUCGCUUCUUGCUGUUCAGUUACGCAAGGUUCUCAGGAUUCACGAGGAAGGCAUAAGCAAUAAGACUGUGCUUGAACAAGCAGGGCUGGAUCCGCAUGCCUUCUUCCGGUGGCAGGCUGUGAGCAAAGGGGAGUCCAUACUCUCAGACCGCAGGCGAGCCGAGAACAUCAAGGUGCAGGAGAGCAAGCACUGUUAUCGGGUACAUCAAUGCCUGCUCCAGUUUGAGGACACUUCCACAUCGAUGAUGACCACCUUGGUGAGGGUGCCGAACGUCGAGGCAGUGUCGGUUGCCUGUCCAGUGUGCGGUGUCUACUACGACUCACAGGCCAGCCUCCAGAUGCACAUGAAGCACAAGCACCAGGAGGUGAACGUGAAAGCAAGGCUCCAUUUUCGACGUGAUCUUCAUGCAUUGCAUGGACUGCCUAUUUGUCGAUUCUGCCAGAUUCGGUUAUUCGAUUGGCGCUCGCUUGAGAAGCACAUCACGGAGGGCACCUGCCCCAGAAUCAAGGAACUGGUGGCUCAAGGGUUGAGUGAAUCUGCUAUGCUCCAGGUUGUUGAGAGAGAGGAGAAGACCGCGGCUGCGCCGGUGGCGCCGCCGAAAGCUACCACUCAACAGACCUUGAUUGAGAAGAUCGACGAGGCUUUGAAGGUCACGCCCCAGGAACUUGAGACUCAUGGAGGGCGUCUGCGUAUUCUUGCAACGCAUUGUGCAUUGUGCAGGCAGCUCGUUGCGGAUGGCAGCAAGAUGAAGAAUCAUUGGCAGCGCACUCAUGUCCAUGAAUGGGAUCGUGUCUCCUCUGGUGCGAUUGCAGGCUCCAAGAGUUUGUCGGCCACCUUCAGCCGGCCCUGUGUAUGCUGCGGGAGCCAGGCGAAGAGCUCUAGGGAUCACUCGGGCAAGUGCACUUCGAUGUUUCAACUACUUGCAGUUCGUGAGCUCAGGCAGAAGAGCUUUUCUCCUGAACCGAGCAGGGGCCCCUCAGAGAAACAGUCUAGUACUGAUCCACAAUACAAAAGCUUUGAUGUGGCCAAGACUCCAAUUGGGCAGUUCUUCAAGCGGUCCUCCAACGGCAGCGAUGGACCCAGCAAGUCAGUGGGUGUCAAACAGAGCAAGCCUUCCUCUGCUGUGGUCAUAAGGAGCGAGGAGAGUGGUCGCUCCCAGGGAAGCGCCGAGGAUCUACCUGAUCUAUGGCUGCCUCGCCUCGUCCUUGGCAAUCCCAACAACCACUGCUACAUGAACGCCUCGGUGAUAGCGCUGUUACAUGCAGCACAGGUCUAUGGCUGUUCUACCAGGGCUUUGUUGUCUUUGCGGGGCGUUGGACCUUUGAUGAUCGUCAGCAUGAUGCCCUGGAAUUCUCGUUGGUCCUUGCGAGAGGCGAGAGGCCUCCAACUCGAGGAAAAUUUGGUGUGGGAGGCGAGAUAUGUUGAUCCUGCUGGGAUCCAGGUUCCUCACACUGGCUUUCAGCCCAUCUCCCGGAAGCUCCGGAUCGAGGCAUGCUCUCUUCAGGCUUUAGUGCAUGACUGGUCUUCCCAGGGCUAUGUUCAUGCGGUCGUCAUGCAGGCUGGUCCUCUACUACUGCACAUUGUUCGCAAUGCGGAGGCGGGCAAAAACUGCACUCGGGUCUUCCUGGAGGCGACUGUCAGGAUUCCUUUCUUCGUUGAGGGUGUCAGUGUCGAGUGGCGGCCGUACAAGGUUGUGUCCGUUGUUGAGCACCAUGGCGCGAGCGUCGACUCGGGGCACUAUCGCUCGCUCCUCAAAACCUCUGAUGGCUGGUUGCAUUCGGACGACAGCAUUGUUGCCGCCCCUGCUCUCUGGAGUGCCGAACGUGAAGCAUUGAUGUAUCUUUUGUGGCUGGUGCCGGCUCAAGAAGCAGGAGUGGAGCAAUACAUGCCGGCGGGCAUACAGCUUCGACCGGGCACUCCCACGGCGCUUUCGGACGCCACCACGGUCGAGGAGCGCGAUCCCAAAGCCCCGCGCUUUGCUGACCCCAAGAAAAAUGGUGGUGGUGGUGGUGGCAAAGGCCGCGAAGGCCAGGCCAGCGGCUCCAAGGAUGGCGGGGGCAAUGGCAAUGGGGGUGGAGCUCAUCAGGGCAUGAAGCGCAACUACCAGCCCUGGCGGCGCACUGGUGGAUGGAAGAAAGAUGAGUGGCGUGAUGAUUGGUUCUCGGCCAAGGAUGGUGCCACCGCCUCGGCGACGGACAUGCAGGAAGUGCACAAGGUGCUAGGCGUGUUGCAAAGGCUGGCCCUGCGACACGAAGACUCCAUCAAUCUGCUGAAGUUGGAGUACAGCUUCGUGGCCCACAUGAAGAUUGGAGUGCCUGCCUCUGUGGUAGGGAUGCUGUAUGUGGCGGCGGAUGGAUGGAGAAAACUCAAGGAGAGCGAGCCUGCGAAGCUGGAUCGGCCCAUGAGCACCUCCCUCUUUGUCUGCUUCUUUGCUGAGCUGAAGGCCCGCCUCACUGGCUUGGAGCAACAGCCUGAUGAUGUGGAAAAGAUGGCGGCAAUGGGCUGGCUCAAUCCGGGCCCUCCCAUGACCUGGGCAUACUUGAAGUGGGAUCAGGGCAAUCAACGAAAUGUUGUUGACACGGACAAGCCGCCGCUCCGGACAGCCGAAAUCCUUGAGCAGGUGGACACUUUGUUGGCCAAUGUGGUGGCCAACAAUAGCCUGGCCCGCUUCCACCCCACCCGGCCUCUCUCCAGCGAUAUGCAGGGGGACAACGUCGUCUUCUUGAUCCAGGUGGGCACCGCCACAGACUCCCCGGUGAAUCUCAGGAAUGGCCUGCAAGCAUUGUGUCACAACUCGGUGCUGCAAGUUGUGGCGACGCAGCUCAAGGCGGACAGGCCUAUGCGUUCGGCCCUGGCCAACAACCUGGCUGCGACCAUCAGGCGCUGA